AACAAGCUAUGAUCAAAAAACACAUUAUUUUCAUUUGUGAAAUGAGCACAGUUUUGCUAUUUUUAGAUAAGUGAAAGUUUCCUUGAUUAGGACAGUUUGAUAUUAGAAUUACAACUACUAUCGUAAUAAGUUUUUUUCGUACAAAUUUCUUUGGAAGUUUUUUAUAUAAACUUAAAUAACGCAUGACAUAAUGCACCUUGGUCUCCGGGUUCUUGCGUUGUUAUUUGUUAUCACAAAAACAAAUUCAUUGCCUUACGAUGUACAUUGGCUUGGUGGACCAACGGUGAUUGAUAGAGAGAUAUUUCCAUCAAAGCAAUCGAUAGACAUAUAUUGCUAUUCAGGAACAGCUAAAAAUUUGCUGGCUUUGUGGCAAACUGUAAAGUUCAACAUUAAGAUACAAAAUGAUGAAUUCAGUCAAUAUCUGGGUGAUAAUCCUGAACAAGUAUAUAAGGACUACACAGAGGACAGCUAUGGCUGGGGGGCCGUUGUCAAUCCCUUCCAGAAGAAAGUUUAUAGAAGUGUCUCUAUUAACCUGUUUACUCCUACAUGCAUGGCUAUCAAUACCAAACAAAGACAUAGUAUUGAGCUACAGAUACAAAGAGUGGACCUAUGGCGUGUCUUGAUAAUGGUAACUGGUAUAGCAUUGAUAUUCACAUCACGGGCUCUCAGCGGCAAUCCUGUGUUCUUCUACUUGUGUGGUAUCAUUGUAGGAGUGUCUGCGUCUUUCAUGGUGCUCGUUUAUUAUGUUAGCAGGCUAUUGCCAAAGAAAACUCUCACAUACGGCAUAUUGAUUGGAGGCUGGACAGUAGGAGUGUACUUAUUCCAGCAGAUUUGGGAGAACAUAAGAACUCUUGUAGUUUCGUACCAGGCUUAUUUGUUUUGGUACACAUUUCUGGCUGGAUUCAUUAGUUUUGUUGUGUGCUACCGGAUUGGACCACCAAAGAAUCAACGGAGUAAAAAUUUGGUUAUGUGGACACUCCAGCUAGUGGGCGUGUUCACGACAUUCUUUAGCAGCCAGUACCAGGAGGCAUCAGCUGCCGUUGUGAUCGCCUCGCUCGUUGCCAAGUACUUCCCGCAGUCGUGGAUGUACGCUAUACAGGGAUAUUGGCGCAGAAAGUUCCCUCCAAAGCCGCGGCUACUAACUAGCGAAGAGUACUACGAGCAAGGUGCACGUGAGACGAAGCGUGCGCUAGAGCAGCUGCGUGAGCACUGCACAAGCCCGGACUGUGCGCAGUGGCGCGUCAUGCUCAAGCUGCAUGACGCCAAGCGCAGCUUCGCAAGUUUCGUCGAAGGCAACUCGCACCUCAGCGACGACGAAAUAGUCGACUAUGAGUCCUACGCUUUUUCACUGGAGCGCUCCAAGCCCAACGCAAAUUCCACCAGGAAUAACAUGGAAAUAUCAGAUGAUGAUUCUUCUGAAGAACUUGACGAGUUAUGAAAAGAAAUUUAUUCUAUGAUUGCACACAAUAACAUUCAAGGCUUAUGUGUUAAAAUAAAGGAUACAAUACUAGUCUUAUUAUAACGUUUUGCUAUGAAGAGUGGACAUUGUUGAAAUGUGAGUGUCUAGUUCAUUUCAAGUAAAAUAUUGUAUUCAGAUAUCAACAAUUUUAAUUUAAAAGAACGGUAUUCCGGUGAUUUGAAACAUUGUAAGGAAAGUAUGUAAACAACACGUUUCUAUUUUCGUUUUUUUAUUAUCACAAAUAUAUGAAUCAAGACUAUAGUUUAAGAGUUCAAAUUAAAUAAAAGCAGCUAGGUAAUUGCGACUAUGUACAAACAUUUUUUAUUCAUUCUAACUACCUAAUGUUAUAUUGCUAUGUUUAUAGUAAGCUCACUACAAUAGAUUUCCAAUAGAAAAUUGCAAUAAGUCUUCUAAAAUCCACUUUGUCUAUGAAUUUUUCAUCAUAAUCUUCUUGAAAUUUGCAACAAAAAUACUAUAGUGUGAUUUUAUUUCUUAUUUAAUUAAAGUUUUAUAACAAAAACUGUCUGUAUUGAAUUAACUUUGUGUGAUUAUUUAUAUGAAUCUUGUUUGCUUAGUAGAAUUUCUCAAUUAUUAAGAUUUGAAAAACAUGUGAUCUCUAUAUAUUUUAAUAUGAAAUAAUAAAACAUUGAUUUGUUAGUAAUAAUUUAUUUCUUAAACAUUAUAAUAAUAUUAUCAUUAGUCUUUGUAUCAAUUAAUAACAUACAAACGAACGAAGAAACAACCAAGCAUGAUAAUCUGAUAUUAGCUUAUCUAAUAAAUACAAAAAAUACUUUCUGUAGUAUAAAAUUACUUUGUGUAGUUCAGUCAGCUAUGACUGCAUUUUAAUUUAAUCAGUAUGAAUUGUAAAAAUAACCAUUGUCUGAACUAUAUAAAAUUAACUUACAACUUGUAUAAUAAAUAAAGAACAUAAGCAUUCUGUCUUACUCUAUUUUUCACAAUAAGUAUGACUUGAGGCAAAUAUAAUGAUUACUAAAUAAGUCUUCAAAACAAUCUAUGUGAAUAUUGUAUAUUAUGAACAGUUAACUUAAUUUUUUAAAUAUCUUUAAUAGGAUAUAUAUUAAUAUUGUUGCUCAGUACUAGCAAAAAGUUUGCUAAAAAAUUUUUACACACUUUCUUUAAUGGGAUGUGUAUAGAAAUGUUUUUUACACCUUAUUGUUCGUUGUAAAUAAGGCAUUUAUAGGUUUAAUGUGUGAAUUUAUUUUUAUAAGACUGUUUUAAGGUUUAAAUAAACAUUUUUUAUGCAA